CUUCAGUGAUUCUAAACCGGUCACUCAACAACUACUUAAACCAACAACACUUCACUCAAUCUUCCUGCUUCAACCUCAACCGAUUCACCUUUCAUCAAUCGAAUCUCAUACUUCCCUCCUAAUCAUCACCAGUGAUAACUCUUCAAAUCCACUUACGAUUCAGAUCAGUCUGCGGAAAUGGCGAGACCCGAGAUUGUCAUGGAGACUCCAGCAGCAAAACAGCUCGAGGCUGCUGUGCAAAGAAAAUUGGCCGAAUUCUCUUAUUCCACGGCCGAUGAUGUAGUCAUGGCGGAGUAUGUGGUGGUGAUGUUAGCAAACGCAAAAACACCUGCUGAAAUCACUGCUGAACUCACCGAGCUCAUCGGGGAAGAUAUGUAUGACCCAAUCUUUACUGAUUGGCUUUUUGAAGAACUCGCUCGACAAUACGGACCUCCUCCAAAUUCAUCUGCUCCUGUUGUCGAAUCGACUGUCGACAUUCCUACCAAGUCAUCUCAAGCUGGUACGAGUGAACGGUCUAACUCAGAUCUGCCCACUGCUGGGAAAAUCGAAACUGUCAAUGAUUCUCGCGAACCCAUGAACUCCAAUCGUAAUCCUGCAAAGAGAGUGGGCAAUAACGGUACCAAUGGCAACCGGAAUAGUCAAGGUGUAUUCAAUCAGGCUUUAGGUGGACUCAAGCGAUCAGGUGGAACGGAUAUUCUUAAAGAUACUCCUCCUCACCGAAGACUGCGAUCAGACGAGCCAUUCUCCAGUGGGGGCAUUCCGACUGGUCCUCGUUCUAUGGACAGAGAUUCGCGUGAUGGUGGGAGACCGAAUGUCAUCCCGCCACGCAUUGGUGGUGGAAUGACAACUGACAGGAGAGACACAAACAACAAUGGUCCAAGACCUCCCCAUAACAACUUUCCACCGAUGCGUCCUGGCUUUGGAGCGAAUCCAGAUGCUGGCGCUAAAAGCAUCCUGGAGCGAGUUGGCGUAAUGGGAAACGGGAUUCGUCCUUUUCUCAAUCAUAAUUUCCAAGGAGGCUUUGACAAUGGUCAACCUCGCCGUAUGAACGACCAGCUAGGUGACUCAUUGAAUGGUGGGAGACCUCCUAUGCCUCCAGCCCUUCAUGCACCUUUCUACAACCCCGGUGUUCCCUAUUCCGGUCCAAUGACGCCAAACCAUCCAUUUCCUCAGCAUCAAUAUCAACAACCUUCUCCCAAUGCUCCCACACCACAAUUAUUCCUUGCCAAUGGCCAACCCUUUAUACCAUCGCAUCCGAUCUCUCAUCCACUUUCGGCUGCUGGUGGUCAAAUUCCCCCCAUGUAUCACCAAGUAUUAAUGAAUCUCCCAACUACUCCAAACUCCGGCUUAUCAGCCCAAUCGCCAGCUUUCAAUCCCGGUCAAUCCAUGGGUUAUGUUCCUAAGUCUGGUGCAUCUCAGUCACAAUCAGCACCCGAUUUAAACCUUAGUCCUUUACCUGAUAAGCCAAGCCUACGCCAAGAGUGCAAAUACAACCUAGAGUGUAAAGACGCUUGGUGCCCAAGCUCUCAUUGUUCGCCUUGCGGAGACUUUAAGUCAUCUAUGCUUCUCAAUUUCGACGCAUGUGAAAAACAGAUGCAGUGCCAAGACUCGGACUGUCCAAAGGCGCAUGUUUCUCCCCAACAACGUGACCCGAAAUCUUCAAUCCGAAUUCCCAUGAUCACGAACGCGGCAGCUCCCAAUACCUCAGCCAUGCCUCUUCAAGCCUCCACUCCCGCUCCGAGUAGCAACCUCACUCCAUGCCGAUUUGGAACACAAUGUACCCGGGCAGAUUGUCACUUUACUCACCCAUGGAAUACGAAUCCUAACACACCUGGAAGUGCCAGUGAGGUGGGUAAAGCCCCGGCUAGCACCCCUUUCAGCACAAUCCGAUGCAAAUACGGUAUGGCUUGCACACGACCCAAUUGUCACUUCCAACAUCCCCCCAAAAAAACAGCAGCCGCUAGCUAUCGCACACCCUCGAAGAACAUCUCCAAGACGUUCAACAGUUCUGAUAUAGUAACCGCUGCCAACGGCAUUGAUGCUGCAAAACUACCACCUUCGAAGAAAUUCGGUGCUCCUCAACCUGAGCAAGGAGAAUCGUUGAACAAUGCGGACGAAAAAGCGGAGAAGGAUUCCGUUGCUCCCACCUUGUCACUCAAACCUAAGGUGGAAGCUGACUUACCAGUCUCGAAUCCACCUAGUAGUAAUGCUAAGCCUUCUAUCAAAACGGAGGCUAAUAACGGAUUACAACAUCAAGCAACAUCAGAGUUAUCAGACAUUAAACCGAUCCUCCCCGUCUCUGUAAGCACAUAGGCGAAUAUCGUCACAUGAACAUCACUUGGCUUACGAGGCGGAAAAGCAUUACUCAUGCCAAUGCUGCGCAUACAUAAUACAUAAUACUACCGGAUCGAAAGGUUGAAUUCAAAACGUUUACUUAUUGAUCUCAUACGCGUGUGUUCUUUACUUGAGUGUGUUGUAGGAUAAAGUCUACUCAAAAGAUUUACCUCAUCUAUUGAUCUAUCAAUCAUAUACAACCUAGCUUUUUUUUGAUUGAACUUUCUUUCAUCUAUCUAAAUUUAAAUAUGUGAAUGAAUGUAUGUGCAAGUCUUUAUGAUGAUGAUGAUUUGAAUGAUGUGGAGUGUGUUUGAUUGAUAUAUAGUUUGAUCGUGAUGAAAACAAAUCACCAAACAAAAAGUUUUUUUUCUGUUUAUAUACUUU